AUGCUCCGAUCAUCGACGCUUUUGAGACGAUUAUCCAGCCACGCUUCGGCGUCGUCGUCCUCAACGUCGUCGUUGUGUUCGUCAUCGUGGAUCAGCAGCUCCUCCGAAAAGAGUCUUCUUUAUACCAACACUAAUUUGAGUAACGAGAAGAAGAGAAGACAUUUCUCGUCCUCUCCGUCGUCGUCGUCGGAAAACGAUCAAAAAAAUAAUAAUGAGAUCGUCACGCCGGAACAGACGAAAGCUUUGUCGGACAAACCAGUGGCGACGGAUUUAACCUCCAUCGUGGACGCGUCCGCGAACACGUUGUUCUUAACCGAACUUUUUCGAGGGAUGAGUUUAACGUUGAAAUACUUUUUUGAUACCAAGGUGACGAUAAAUUACCCGUUCGAAAAAGGUCCUCUCUCGCCGAGGUUUCGCGGGGAACACGCGUUGAGAAGAUACCCAACCGGGGAGGAGAGAUGUAUCGCGUGUAAAUUGUGCGAAGCCAUCUGUCCGGCGCAAGCGAUUACCAUAGACGCGGAAGAAAGAGAAGAUGGAUCGCGAAGAACGACAAAGUACGACAUCGAUAUGACCAAGUGCAUAUACUGCGGUUUUUGCCAAGAGGCGUGUCCGGUAGACGCGAUUGUGGAAGGACCAAACUUUGAAUACGCGACGUACAGUCACGAGGAGCUUUUGUACGAUAAGGAAAAGUUGUUGGCGAAUGGAGACAAGUGGGAAAAAGAAAUUGCAAAGAACUUGCAAAGCGAGUCUUUGUAUCGUUAA